AUGCCGAAUAAGGGAAAUAAAACAGCAGAAGCCAAUCAACCUUCGAAAGACAACUUAAGAUGGUCUGAUGAUAUGGAUGAAGUUUUGCUAAAUGCAUUAGCAGAGGAAGCAUCGAAAGGUAAUAGGCAUGAUGGCUCGUGGACAACUGAAACAUAUGCCAAUGUUGUGAAGACUUUGAGCAUAGCAAUAGGCCCUCACAUAACAAAGAAUCACAUAAAGAAUAGAAUGAAGACAUUGAAAAAUCAUUUUGCUGAGGCAUAUGACUUAUUUCAUCACUUAAGUGGAUUUGCAUGGAAUCCUGUAACUAGAAAGUUUGAAGUUGAAGAGGAAGUAUGGCAAGACUUCAUUAAGGUAUCUUAA